UGAAAGUAUUAAUGGUGUAUUCAUGAGAUAAUUAUGAACUAAUCAACAAUAUGUCAUUAUCAAGAAGAGAUAGUAACCUUGGAGGGCCCAAAAGGGCCUCAUCUACAACAUUCUUCUAUGGACGUAUUACUCGUGAAGAGGCCGAGAAGAUUUUGAAGAUAAAGGGUAUGCAGGAUGGUCUUUUUUUAUUACGAGAGAGUAUCAGUCCAUUAGGAAACUAUGCAGUCAGUAUUUGUAGUAAUGGAGAUAUCCAUCAUUAUAUUAUUGAGAAAAAGGCAGACGGUCAGUUUGUGAUACCCCAAGGCAGAAAAUUCCCUGGUCCAGUUGAACUUAUUGAACAUUAUAAGAAUUAUUUAGAAGGCUUUGUCACAGCACCUACAAUACCAUGUGAACGAGAUCCAAGUCAACAGGCCAUAGCUUUUCGUGGAAUGACCUAUAGUGACUUGGAGAAAGAAAUGACAGUUAGAGCUAAAGCUAUAAAGAAAGUAGCAUUUGGACCAAUGAGAGACCAUUUAAUGAAAUUGGUAGCAAAAGAAUUACAUUUAAAACAGCCAUGGUUCCACGGUAAAUUAUCUCGCUCAAAUGCUGAAUCAAGGAUGACCAAAGAUGGUACCGAACAGGGUAAAUUUAUGGUGAGGGCACAUGAUGAUAAAAAGACAUUUGCUUUGACAUUAUGCCAUGAAAAUUCAAUAAAGCAUUACUUUAUAAAUAUCAACUCAGAAGAAAAGCUGUCUAUAGAAGAUGGACCAAAGUUUGAAUGUUUGAUAAUGUUGAUUGAUCAUUACCAUAAUAAACAAGAUGGUCUAGCCUGUAAAUUAACAGUACCAUGUAAAAACCCAAGUUUCAGUAAAGAAGAUAUGAUAAAAUAUAUGAGAACAUGUAAUGAAGCACUGUUUUCCAACCAAUCUCGUCAAUCGAUGUCAAGAGAUGUACUCAUUCCUCCUGAACGGGUAUUCCGUACUGCUUCCAUGAGAUCUCAGAUGCCUGUACCACCUAUUCCAUCUACAGAAGUUAUAGACACUGAUGAUCCUGCUGGUGCAGAUGAAGCAUCACCAGAUAUCAAAGAUGUGAAUUCUGAAAGUCUAGAAAGUGAAUACAUGCAAGUACGACGUAGAGAAAAACGUUUUGAAUUGGAACCUCAAAGACUUACAUUACAGGAUGAACUAGGAUCUGGUCAGUUUGGGUCAGUAGUUAAAGGUAUUUGCCGAAUGGAUAAAAAAAAAAUUCCUGUAGCUAUUAAAACAUUGAAAAAUGAGGAAUUAGUUCCUGGUGUUGAGCCGGAGCUUUAUAAAGAAGCAAAAGUGAUGCAGGAAUUGGAUCAUAAGAAUAUCGUUAGAUUGAUUGGUAUUUGUAAAUCAGAUAGCAUUAUGCUCGUCCUAGAAUUAGCACCACUUGGACCUCUGAACAAAUUUCUUCAAAAGAAUAGAGAUAUGAAGGAGGUACAGAUUAUCAGAUUGAUGUUACAAGUGGCUAAAGGAAUGGCUUAUUUGGAAAAAAAGAAAUUUGUACAUAGAGAUUUAGCAGCUCGAAAUGUUUUAUUAGUCGACAAAGCAUUUGCUAAAAUCAGUGAUUUUGGAAUGUCGAAAGCUUUAAGUCGAGAAAAUAAUUACUACACGGCUGAGAAAGGGAAAUGGCCCUUGAAAUGGUAUGCACUAGAUUGUAUAUAUUACCAUAAGUUUGAUUCCAAAUCUGAUGUGUGGAGUUAUGGUGUUACAAUGUGGGAGGCACUAACAUAUGGCGACAAGCCUUAUGGUAAAAUGAAAUUUCCACAUAUUGUUGAAUUUCUAGAAGCUGGAAAUAGAUUAAGGAAACCAGAUGGAUGUAGUGAAGCAGCGUAUAAUAUUAUGAUGUCUUGUUGGAAAAAAAAUAAAGAUGAACGACCUAAGUUUUUGGAAUUAGCAACAAAAGUGGAUUUACUACAUCAAAAUUUAUCAUUGGGAUGAAAUCAUAUGUUUUAAGCUAUGUUCAACUAAAUUACUGAAAUGGGUAGCAUUUUUUAAAUGCAGCAAUGGCCUAAAGAUGCGUUAUGUAAGAGCUAUAAAUUUGCCUAAUGCAGGUCACUUGUUUGGCCUCAAAUGUUAUAUAAAAGCCCAAAAUUGAUGCUCUAGACCAUCGGAUUUUGAUUUUAAUUAAAAAAAUUGAAAAUCGAGACAUUGUUUAAUAUCAUAACGGUAGCAAUGACAAUCAAGACUACACUGUUCUUUCAACGGCAAUGACUCCACUCAGAAAUGAAGUAUUUUGACUGAAAUUUUCCACAAUGUCCCAUUUCAUUAUCUAUUUUUUAAUUGUUAUGGCAAUAACUGUCAGCUCUUAUCUAAAUCUUACAUAAUGCAUCUUUAAGCCAGCCUUAAGAAAGAAUAGGCAAUUAUUAAAAAUUAGCUUGAUCUUCAUGUAACAUUUGGUAAACUGCUCAUAGUAAACCAAAAAAGAAUCUGUAUUACAGGUAAAUUGAAAGUUAAAAUAUGUAUAUCUCAGAAUAGGCAUGCCAUAUUCUUCUCAUAUUUUGCAUACAAUAUGAUAUCUAUUAUUAUCACAUUUAUUUUUGUACCAAUUGCUGAAAAUUAUUAAAUUUCAUGUAACUAUUUUUGAUUAUUAUAUUUUAAUUAUUUUUGUAUUUUAAAUUUUGCAUAAUAACUGUUUUAUUGUUAUUUUUACGCAAUAAUUUUUUAUUUUAGCUUAAAGUUACUCUUACGCAUGAAUGUAUAUCCUUAUUACGGAUUUGCUUGAAUACUACUAUGAAUUGUUUUUGUAUUAGAAAAAUUUCCUUCAAUCUUCUCUUUACAAGAAGCUUGAAACCACCCUGUUCUUAUUUUUAAUAAUAUAUCACCAUGUUAGUCCAAGAAAAUGACCACAGUGAAUAUGAAAUGAAAGGAAGUAAGAUCGUUUCAUCUUCUUCUUUGGGUUACUAAAUGGCAUACCUUUAAACCACAUCUAGAAAAUAUUUUGGUUAUUUUUAGAAAGAAAAUAAAAUGAUAUAGAUAUUGACUACUAGGCCGCAUUCCAUGGGCACAAAUUGUCGCUGCAAAAAUAUUUUCGUUCCUACAAAUCCGAUCUAGAAGAAAUUUUGUCAGUGUAUAGUUCAUAUAGAGAUAUUCGUUUGUUGUAAUUUUCUUCAAAAAAUUUCAUAGUUCUUCGGUGAUAUUCUUCUUUGAAAUCCGGACUAUUUAUUGAUGGUAAAAAUUCAUAGUGCGCGAGGUCACUGGGCAGAAUUCAGCGUUGUUCGCCGCGUCACAUGAUCAUUUUUUCCACAAUCGACCAAUCUACAUUUCUUCACGAGGAGCACAUUGCAGUUAUACAUGUAGAAGCUACACGAAAUGGCGACAAAGGCUCAAGUAACUUGUAUUGUUCACUUAGACAGUGUUAAUAAGGGAGGUGCAGAACCCUUUACAAAUACAAGGUGAGACAAAUAUCGUGAGGUAGCUAUAGACUGGUUUCAAUUGGAUGGAAAUGACCAAUCCAUUGCAGCAUUUUUUGAUACAAAUGGAUUUAUUACGAAGGAUACAAGAUACAGUCAAGGAUACAAGAUACAGUCGGCAGUGAUUUUGGAUUUCACCCAACGUUAUAUAAAUGUUUUAAGAACAAAACAAUUAAAAGAUGCGAGAAAGAAAGAGAGUGAGAAGGCGGCGUCUACAUUCAGUCAAUCCAACCGCAACUAAAACUGUCACCACAUACAUGAUACAGACUAUUACUGUCACACUGUGAUUCAUGUGGUCAUAAUUUAUUUUACAAAACAUUAUUUAACAUUGAAAAUGUGUUUGGCACUUUUAUCGAUGAUUACAUGUACACUAUGUCGUACAUGUAGGUGAGCCCAAUAUUGAUGGGGGGUGGGGUGCCAUCUGGUUCAUUCGCAAUUGCAGACUAAACCCAUUUUUCUAUAUGAGAAUGAAAUCUGACAGCUUUUAAUUACAGUCAAGUGUUAUUUGAAUUCAUAUAUCUAUUGUAAGCUUAUACAUUGUAGAUGCAAAAUUUUAUUUCGUCCAUAUGGACUUUUCCCUUACAAUUCUGAGCUAGUUCAAAUUAUUUAAGCAUUUAUUCUUAAUAUUUCUGCAACUUUUUAAGUUCUCAACCUUUAUUUCAAAAUAUGUUUUUUCAUUCUUAAUCUUAGCUAUACACUAGCCUAUCCAUGAUCAUUAUUAAGACAGCAGGCUAGACAGGUUUUAAGUAUGUUGUUAUGUAAAAUGAAUGAUUUUAUUAGAAUUACACUUAUAGAAGCAGCG